AUGUCCACCCAUACUGCACCAAUCACUACAUCUGAGGAUCAAGUCCAGCCCAUCAUUGAGCAAAUCGAUAGGAACUUGAAGUAUAAUUCUCAGGACGUAUAUGUCCAGCAAUUCUAUAUUGAACCAUCAAGUUUCCCUGAGUUUGUGGACAAGCUCAGAGAAAGUGACUACAGCACUCUAAGAUAUAUGUAUGACCAUGUGAAAGGCAUCCUGCAACUGAGCAUGCCUACUCCUGUACAUGGAGUUUUCAUUGAGCGCCUCAGUGAACUUUUACAGGGGAAACUGUCAGGCCUUAUCAGAUGGUCAGAUGGGAUGUUCAAGUUGAGUUCUAAUAUGUUCAAGUUCCUCUGGCGAGGUCAAAUCACCACUGUACCCGACUUAGCCCUCAAGUUCCAAUGCCUCAACCCUAGCACUAAGUGGCAGGAGUUGCUCAUUUUUGAGUUCUCCCACUCCCAGUCAGUUGGUGACAUCACCCAGAAGGUGAAAAAGUACUGGGAGGAGCUCUCCCACCUUGUCAGCAUUCUAGUGGUCAAAUUCUAUGAAUCCCACAAAUAUGCAAAGCCCCGAUAUGGUUGUGCUAAGGCAGCUAGGAGAAGGAGUUCUUUUCACUCUGAAAAAGAAGUGGGCCGGCUUGUUCGACAGAAAUUGGGUAACAAGCAAAUUCUAUGUUUUACCACUACGUAUUUCCAAUUUGGGAUAUUGCCGGUGCAGAUUGAGGUGUUGCGUCUUGACAACAUAUUUACAAACAGAUUCAAGGAAAAAAUGGCACACUUACCAAGUAUGGUUGAUCGCACAUGUCCUGCAUGUGGAAAACUUUUGAAAACACCACAAGGUGUCAUGGCUCACCUAUCAAUGAAAGGAAAGAGAAGAGAACUUGAGGCAGACAACCUGGGCCUUGAACAAGUAGUAUAUGAUGAAGUCAACUUGGAUGAAAAUGUUUGCAACCAAGAAGACUAUGACUUAGAUGGAUGGGCUCUAUUUUCCACAGAAUUAGACUGGAAAUUUGCACAUUGGGCAUUGCAGGAGGGGGUUGGCCAGAAAUCUCUUGACAGAUUACUGGUAAUUCCUGAAGCUCUUCUACCUCAGGGAGCAUCUGUUGCUCCUGUUAUAAUAGUGACAGACAAAACUCAGUUGACUCAGUUCUCAGGCAACAAGUCUGCAUAUCCAGUGUAUCUUACACUAGGAUAUAUACCCAGCUCUAUUAGACACAAACCCUCUCAGCACGUGUUCAAAGACUUUUCCAUACCUCAGUACGGAUGA